AUGGAGAGAAAGAAUAAGAGCUUUGUGACUACAUUCAUUCUUAGAGGGAUUCCUCAUGCACCCGAACUGACAACAACCCUAUUUGGGAUCUUUUCAGUGAUAUAUGCACUCACUUUGAUGGGGAACCUCCUCAUCCUGCUGGUGAUCAAGGUGGCCUCCCACCUCCACACUCCCAUGUACUAUUUCCUGGCCAACCUCUCCUUUAUUGACAUGUGGUUCUCCACUGUCACUGUGCCCAAGAUACUCAUGGGUCUCCUCUCCCCAGAUGGUGGGGCCAUCUCAUUUCACAGUUGUGUGGCUCAACUCUUUUUCUUCUAUAGUCUGGCAAGCACUGAGUGUUUCCUCUACACAGUCAUGUCCUAUGACCGCUACCUGGCCAUCACUUAUCCCUUGCAUUAUUCUACCUUUAUGAGUGGGAAAAUCUGUGCCCUUCUAACUGGAGGCACAUGGCUUAGUGGUGCUAUCCACUCAGCAGCCCACACUGCCCUGACCUUCCGCCUGCCCUACUGUGGCCCUAACCAGAUUCAGCAUUACCUUUGUGAUGCACCCCCCAUUCUCAAGUUGGCCUGUGCAGACACCUCAGUCAAUGAGAUGGUGAUCUUUGUUAACAUUGGAGUGGUAGCAUCGGGAUGUUGCUUCCUGAUUUUCCUUUCCUAUGUGUCCAUUGUUCGAGCUAUUUUGAAGAUCCGCACAACAGAGGGUAGAGAAAAAGCCUUCCAGACCUGUGCUUCCCACUGUAUUGUGGUCCUCUGCUUCUUUGUGCCUGGUCUCAUUGUUUAUCUAAGACCUGGCUCCAUACAUGCUGUGGAUAGGAUUGUGGCCAUUUUCCAAACAAUGAUCACACCCAUGUUGAAUCCCUUGGUAUAUACACUAAGAAACAAGGAGGUGAAGAUGGCUUUGCUCAGGCUGAAAGAUCAAGGGAAAUUUUUAUAG